GCCAUGCCUCUGGCACAGGGUCCGUCCCUGUGGCUCAGAAGGGUAGGGAAAGGAAGAGGAAGACAGUAGUGAUAGGGGACUCUAUAGUCAGGGGUUCAGACAGGCAAUUCUGUCGAUGCAGGAAAGAAACUCGGAUGGUAGUUUGCUUCCCAGGUGCCAGGGUCCAGGAUGUUUCAGAUCGCGUCCAAGAUAUCCUGUGGUGGUAGGGAGAACAGCCAGAGGUCGUGUUACAUAUUGGUACCAAUGACGUAGGUAGAAAAAGGGAAGAGGUCCUGAAAAAAGACUACAGGGAGUUAGGAAAGAAUUUGAGAAGCAGGAUGGCAAAGGUAGUAACUCGGGGUUACUGUCUGUGCCACUCAACAGUGAGAGUAGGAAUAGAAUGAGGUGGAGGAUAAAUGUGUGGCUGAGGGAAUGGAGCAGGGGGCAGGGAUUCAGAUUUCUGGAUCAUUGGGACCUCUUUUGGGGCAGGUGUGACCUGUACAAAAAGGAUGGGUUGCACUUGAAUCCCAGGAGGACCAAUAUCCUGGCGGAGAGGUUUGCUAAGGCUACUGGGGAGAGUUUAAACUAGAAUUGUUGGUGGGGAGGGUGGGAACUGAAUGGAAGAGACUGGGGAAGAGGAGGUUAGCUCACAAAUAGAGAAAGCUUGUAGACAGUGCAAGAGGGAGGAUAGGCAGGUGAUAGAGAAGGGACGCGCUCAGACCAAAGGCUUGAGAUGUGUCUAUUUUAACGCAAGGAGUGUUGUGAACAAAGCAGAUGAGCUUAGGACAUGGAUCAGUACUUACAGAUAUGAUGUGGUGGUCACUACAAACACUUGGAUGGCUCAAGGACAGGAAUGGUUACUUCAAGUGCCAGGUUUUAGAUGUUUCAGAAAGGGCAGGGAGGGAGGCAAAAGAAAUGGAGGCUUGGCACUGUUGAUCAGACAUAGUGUCACAGCUGCAAUGAAGGUAGACAUCAUGGAGGGAUUGUAUACAGAGUCUUUGUGGGUGGAGGUUAGGAACAGGAAGGGGUCAAUAACUUUACUGGGUGUUUUUUGUAGGCCGCCCAAUAGUAACAGGGAUAUCGAGGAGCAGAUAGGGAAACAGAUCCUGGAAAUUUGUAAUAAUAACAGAGUUGUCAUGAUGGAAGAUUUUAAUUUCCCAAAUAGUGAUUGGCAUCUCCCUGGAGCAAAGGGUUUAGAUGGGGUGGAGUUUGUUAGGUGUGUUCAGGAAGGUUUCUUGACACAGUAUGUAGAUAAGCCGACAAGAGGAGAGGCUGUACUUGAUCUGGUAUUGGGAAGUGAACCUGGUCAGGUGUCAGGUCUCUCAGUGGGAGAUUAUUUUGGAGAUAGUGAUCAUAAUUCUAUCUCCUUUACAAUAGCAUUGGAGAGAGAUUGGAACAAACAACUUAGAAAAAUGUUUAAUUGGAGUAAGGGGCAUUAUGAGGCUAUCAGGCAAGAAAUUGGAGGCUUAAAUUGGAAACAGAUGUCCUCAGGGAAAAGUAUGGAAGAAAGGUGGCAAAUAUUCAGGGAAUAGUUGUGUAGAGUUCUGUAUAGGUACGUUCCAAUGAGACAGGGAAGUUAUGGUAGGGUACAGGAACCAUGGUGUACAAAGGCUAUAAUAAAUCUAGUCAAGAAGAAAAGAAAAGCUUACAAAUGUUCAGAGAGCUAGGUAAUGUUAGAGAUCUAGAAGAUUAUAAGGCUAACAGGAAGGAGUUUAAGAAGGAAAUUUGAAAAGCUAGAAGGGGCCAUGAGAAGGCCUUGGCGGGCGGAAUUAAGGAAAACCCCAAGGCAUUCUACAGUAUGUGAAGAGCAAGAGGAUAAGAUGUGAAAGAAUAGGACCUAUCAAGAUUAACAGUGGGAAAAUGUGUAUGGAACCAAAGGAAAUAACAGAGAGGCAACAACUGGGACCUCCAAAAGAUUUCUG